AUGAUCUACGAAGUCCUUUUUGUUCCAGCUACAAAUAAUGCAAUGACAGAACAAUCAUCAUCUAUACAUGCUUUAAAAGAAUCAAUAACAACAGGUCAAUCAAGCGAUGAUGAAAGUUCUGAUGUAGAAGAAGCAGCUGUAACAAAACCACAUUCUCAACAAACACUAGAAUUAGUUGUACCACCUGAAUCAAUGGAUCAUGAAGUUGCUACUCGAGAAUUGUCAUCCAAGACACAUUGCCAACAAAGUUUAUCACGUCAAAGUCAACAAAAACGACAACCACCAUUACGUGUUUAUCCGCAUGAAAACACCAUUAUAUUACGUACAAACGAAACACAUGAUCAGCAUUUAUUGGAUAUGGAAAGAAACAAUCGUACACAAUUAAAUAGGCAUCGUGGUUAUUGUGAAUUUAGACCUUUGAAAUAUUUUAACGUCGGCCAGUCUUGGCUUGUCGACAAUCUUCAUUCAUGCUAUGAAGGUGUCACGAAAAAAUUAUUGACACUGUGGUUGGACAAAAAAUAUCGGUUGUUUGGAUGGUCUAUUCGAAAGAAAAUGGAUGAUCUUGAUCGUGCACUUAGUCGUUUAUAUUUACCAUCAACAACAUCUCGUACACCACGUUCUAUCUAUAAAUUUAAGUAUUACAAAGCAUCAGAAUAUAAUGUAAUUGUACAUUUCGGCUUCACAGCGUUUGAAAAAUUUUUACCAAAAAAAUUCUAUAAUCAUUUUCUAAAAUUUGUUUUUGCAAUGAACAUUGGCAAUGGACAACAUCAGAAUCUUAAUGACAUUCAACAUGUAACGGAAAUGUUGGAUGAUUUUGAUAAAGAAUCUGACACAUUAUAUACAGUUCGUCACCACAAUAGUAACAUCCAUACAAUGAGACAUGUCCAUUUAUCAUUAAAACGUCAAGCACCAUUAUAUGAAUACACAACAUUUUUUUCCGAAAACAUGAAUAAAAUAUUAAAAUCAUUAGCACAUGGUACUGUAGAACAUCCAAAGCAAUUGAUAUCGAGUAUUGAAUUAUCUCGAAGUGCAUUAUUUCACAUACAAACACCAUCUUAUCCAUUGUUAUUACUUUCAUACGUUAAAGAUUUAUUAGAUGAAAAAACAAAAGCAUCAACCGCAACAUCAUUGUUGACACCAGCCGUAAAAUGUUAUCGUCGAUAUGAACCAUUUUUUUCAGGUAAUAUCA